CUUGGGUGGGCGAGCUUCGUAAUGUUUAAAAAGAUGAAGUGAAACAACUCCUUUUUUAAAAAAUUCUUCAUCUUCGGAAGUUUCUUAUUAACGACCCAAAUUCUGCAUUUUUUGGUCAAUAUUUCUCUCCAAGUGCUUCCCGAAUACACCCCUAAAUUACAUCAACGUCAUUAAUAAUACAUACCCCUAGCACAGCCUGCCUUACUGUCAGACCCGUGCGGUAGAUCCGCCCAAGAAAAAAAAAGGACGUUACGUUAAUUAAAAAUUGGCAAAAUGGCAUCAGCUACUGGAAUACCCCAACAUCCCCCGGUCAGCUCGGACAACGACGGACAGGGUGAUCUAGAACCUCUUUUGGGCCGGCCGGGAGAUGCUUCUCAAAGGGACAACGCUCCCAUAAUCAAAAACCUCUUCAUUGGCACGGGCGUCCUCGCUGAAACCGCCGGCAUCCUCCUUGUAGCCUCGGUCUGGGCCGCCGUCUUCCUCAACGGUCCUCUGAUCCUCUUCUCGGUGCACCCCCUCGCGCAAUCACUAGGCAUUCUUGUUCUCAUCCAAUCGAUCCUCGUCCUCCAACCGACACAUACCGGCACACAGAAACAAGUAGGCCAAAAGGUCCACGCCGGCCUCAAUUUCUUAGCGUUCGCCAUCUUCGCCGUCGGCGUUAUCAGUAUCGAGGUUAACAAGGAGAUUAAUCAUGGCGCGCACUUCCACUCUGUACACGGGUACCUCGGUGUCAUCGCCUCGUUUUGGCUCUUGGCGCAGUACUUGAUUGGGUUUACUAUGUUCGCUGUCCCCGUGCUGUAUGGCGGCGAGGCGAAUGCGAAGAAGAUCUGGAAGUACCACCGCGCCAGUGGUUACGCUCUAUUGCCCUUCCUAGGCGCUACCAUUAUUAGCGCUGCUGAGACCGACUAUAACAUCAACGUUCUGGGGUUAAAGCUAUGGGCUCUGAUCGUCAUCGUUGUGUUGUUACUUGUCGGCGUCUUCCCACGUAUCAAGAAGCAUAAGCUUGGCUUGUGAGCGAAUUGGGGCGGAGUGGAUGUUAGUAUAGGGUAAAGGGAACAUUCCUUUUGGUCUGCUUCAAACAGAGUGCAUAGCAAAAUGGGGAUCUCAAUUGUCUAUCUUUUAUCAUGUCAAAAGUCCCCAGUAGACAAAAUUGGGCAAAAUUGCUUUCUUUCGGGCGCUUUUCUGGACGGUAUUUUAGCCACGGCGUCAGAUCGUCAGUUUGGAUGGUUCGGUAUUCAUUGGUAUUAGCAUUCGUUUUGACGGAGUUAUAUGCCACUCUUAGAGAGUAUACUCUAAUUUUGGGAUCAAAAAGAAUCCACGGCUUUGGUUCGACGAGUGCGUUUUAUAUAGAGCAAAGAGUUACAUAGAAGGAUGAGGUAGCAAUAACGAAAGAACGGAUUGGCGAUACAUUAUUGAAACGACUUCUCGUCGCCUAGCGACACUAUAUGACUGGCUGGAGGGUCGCUAAACACAACUCUAAGUCAUUUCAUACGAAUUACAAGUAAAACAAAUGAAAUGAUGAAACCGUACACCUACUCAAGUAGGUAGGUAGCAAUUGCUGAAAGAAAAUACUUUACCGUGAACUUCAUGCCUACAUAGGUGCUGCAUAUGACCCCACCCCCGGAGU